AUGGACAUCAUUAUCGCCAUCACCAGCAGCGGCGGCAUCACCAGCAGCAGCAGACGAUGGGUGGUGGAAUGGAUCAGCGGUCGAAUUCGCUAUCUCUGGUGGGCGUGGGCGGGGCGGAACACCAGAUGGAACAGGAACAGCAGGGACGGCACCAAAUGGAACCUGCAGCUGCAGCAGCUGCAACUGCAACUGCAACUGCAGCGGGCGUGGGCGCGGGUGCUGGUGCGGGUGCGGGUGCGGGUGCUGGCGUCGUCGUUGGUGCAGCUGUCGCCGCGGUUAGUGCAGCCGCGCCGCCCACUGUCACUGGACUCCAGCAGGUCCAGUCUGUGCCGCAACGGGGGCCCGGGCAGCAACAUCAGCAGCAACUACAGCAACAACCCGGACCUGGACCUGGACCAGCUGGAGCCAUGGCGCUUGUACUGCUCAUCCCCCGCCAGCUACGGCGGCGGCCACAAUCAUCACCAUCCUCACCACCCUGCCGCUGCUGCUGCUGCUUUCCACCACGGCCCUGGCGCGUCUUCUGGCUCUGCCUCUGCCUCCACCACGCCGUCCUCCCGCUCCCACUCCCUAUCACACGCCCAUUCCCACUCUCACUCCCACUCCCACUCCUCCUACAGCCACUCCAACCCCAAUUCCCAUUCCCACCUCCAGCACCACCACCACCACCACCAACAGCAGCUCCAGCACCACCUCCCUGGAGCUCCCUCGUCCAGCUGCGACCCGGCCUCUUCCUUUUACAACUCCAACAUCUCUUCUUCCUCAAACACAAACACCACCGCUUCCGCGAGCACCGCAAACUCCACGACCACUCGUCCGUCCACCAUGGAGCCCGGCGACCCUUCCGACCUCGCCGCCCAGGAAGCCGCCGCCCGGGAUUACCAGCCACAGCUCCAGGGCCCAUUAGUCGGCGACAAGAUCACCAGCGACGCCAUCACCGACGAGUACGCAAAGGCCGACGAUGUCUACGUCGCAAAGACCAUCGCUCUUCCUCAGACGUAUUCUCACUACCGACCCAUCCAAGGCGACGGAAACUGCGGCUGGCGAGCCGUUGGAUUCUCCUACUUUGAGCAUCUCGCCAACAAUGGCGACCAGGAUCAGAUCCUCGGCGAAAUCGCCCGCAUCACGAGCUUGAACCAGUACCUUCUCAACAUCGGCGGCUACGAUCGGAUGCUCUUCGAGGACAUGGUGGACGAGACCAUUGCUCUGCUGAGGGACCUGGCAAACAGCAUUACGAACCCGCAAUUGGCACAGCAGAUCGUCCUCCAGCGCUUCAAUGACCAGGACGCCUCCAAUGCCAUCAUCUAUCACCUGCGACUCCUGGCCAGCUCCUGGCUGAAGGGUAACCCCGACGAUUACGCCCCCUUCAUUCCUGGCGAGACGGGUAUCGCCGGCUACUGUGCCGAACUCGAGCGUCCCAACAGAGAGAUUGAGCAUCUCGGCCUGCAACUGCUCGUCCAGGUCCUUCUCAAGCCUGUCAACAUGGUCCUCGAGAUUGCUUACCUCGAUCGGAGUGCCGGAAGUCAGGUCAACAGCUACCGCAUGCCCAGUGAGACCAUGGGCCAGGAUCCCGCCAACCUGGGCCCAAUCAUCUACCUCCUAUACCGACCCGACCACUACGACAUUCUGUACAAGUCUCCCCCGAACCCUGCACCCUUGAACUUGCAGGUCCACCGCGCGACCUCCUUUUCUCACCGACAAGAAAUCAUGCCCGUCGCGCCCUCUCUGCACACCUUUGCCAACAUGGACUAUAGCCCCUUGGCAAUGUUGCCCGGCUUCGGCGGCCCGUCAUCCGGCCUGUCCUCGGGCCUGUCAUCGCUGGGCUCGCCAACGUCUACCUCACCAAUGCCGGAUGCUUAUGAUGCUACGCCGCAGUCCCCAUGGAUGACCACGCCCUACUCCGAUCACAUUCCGCAACAGCAGCCGCCCGUGCCCACCCCUCGCCCUCAGCCUCAAUCCACGCCGCAGCCUCAACAGUCAACCUCCACACCCGGGAAGUCAUCACAGCCCGUGGAUUAUCAGCUGAGGUUUAGCCACCAGUGCUGGCAUCUGAGCGGUUCUAGCUCCGCUCAGCCGUCCAUGUUGUCUUCUCAGCCCAGUUUCCCAGAACCCAGCUUCACCACGGCCAUGUUCAAGAAUAGCCAUUUCAACAAGGCCCACUAUCAAAAUCCCCAUUUCCAUCCAGAGGAGUGGACGCCCGAUGAUGAGGCGCACGAGAGACUGCCUCCUGCCAAGAAGAAGGGACGGAUCAAGUCGGAGCACUGA